CGUGUUUUUGUUAAGUUAUUAUCAUUUAAAACAUGAACUUCACGGUUUUUAAAGUGGUUGCAGUGCUUUGUGGACUAUUCGAGCUCGCUCGCGGACAGUCCACCGAUGUUCAUCAGUGUCUUGUCAGCAAAGGGAAUCUUCCAUUGAACGCUCACGUCCAUGGUUGCACCACGCCACCGUGUCUGCUGCCGCAACUACAGGAUGUAGUCGUUGAUGUCAUCUUCGAAGCUCCGCGAACCAUCAGCAACAUGACGACGCUGGCGACCGCCAUCCUCAACUUCAUCAUCGAGGUGAACAUUCCCUACGACCUGCAAGCGAACUCCGUCACCUGCAACUUCUUCACCAACACCUUCUGCCCCAUCCUGCAGGGAGAGAUAGUGCAGUACCGCCUCAACAUGUUCAUUGAGAGCUUCUUCCCUGUGAAUACGGUGGCAACUGUCGAGUUCAAGGUGAGAGACAAUGAGGCAGGCGAAGACAUCUGGUGCGUCCGCGUACCCAUCCGAAUCCUGCCUCCUCAGCCGGCCGCAGUGAGCGACUCGCUACCAGCGCUACUCACUGCGAAGUAGAAUCUGUGGAAUCUAUGGUCAAAUUUAAUAAAAAGCUUUCAUUCUUUAAGUAAAAUUAUGUUUAUUCAUUAUCUCACAAAUCAUAAGUGAAAGGAGACACGACUUUGGCCUAAGUGUGAACAGAACUUUUAGCAAGAAACGAUUAUUUUACUCAACCAAUUUUAAACAUGAAUAUUUUGUAAAUUCUAGUUGUGUAGAUCUGUGUGUGUUGUGUGUUCUAGUUGUGUGAAUUAAAAAUAUCAAUUAUGUUAUUGACC